AAUGCAGAAUAUUAUUAUAUGAUGAUUAGAGCUUAACAGUAUGAAAAACUAGUCAUUUCUUAGUUUUGGUUUUUCAAAGACAUUGUUUUUUGCAAGUUGAAAGAAGAUGGAGAAGGAACCAAGAAGGCUGGUGAAUUAUGCAACUUUACCUAUCUGUUUAGUGUUAACUGUUCUGGUUUAUGCUACGUUUUUUCAAUCUAAUGACACCUUAAUUGAUUCAUGGGGAUACAGGUUAUCAAAUUCAAGCAGUGAAAGGAUCAAUAUUGAUGCGGUUGAUCCUCAAGAAUUUCUGCUAAGAAGGCUUGUUCGAGGAGAUGAUCGAGUUCAGUUCGAUUUCAAUGGAUUUUCAUGUCACACUGAUGUUCAUUCAGAUUUAUGCGUUGCAAAUAAGCCUGUAAGGAUCUACAACAAAGGGUUGACUGUUUAUGUGCCGUAUGAUCAUCAUCAUCAACCUCAAGUCAAGAGAAUUGUUAAGCCAUACGCAAGGCAGGAAGACGAAACCGCCAUGAAACUCGUCUCACCGGUGCAGAUUCUUCAUGUGAACAGCACCAUUAAACCACCUCCAGCCUGCAAUUUCACCCACAAUGUCACUGCUGUUGUCUUCUCUUCAAAAGGGUUCACAGGCAAUGUUUUCCAUGAGUUCAAUGAGAUUAUCAUCCCUUUGUUCAUCACUGCCCGCCAUUUUAGAUCGAGACUCAAGUUUGUAAUCACAGAUUUCGAGCUUUGGUGGGUUCAAAAGUACAACAGGGUACUGUCUCACUUGUCUGGUUAUGAUGUUAUAAAUCCUGGUGAUGGGAGUGUUCAUUGUUUUCCAGGGGCUGUUAUAGGGCUUAAAUACCAUAACAAUCUAGCCCUCAACAGCUCUGAUAUUCCAGGAGGUUAUUCCAUGCUUGAUUUCAAGCAGUUCUUGAAAGAAUCAUAUAACCUGAAAACAAACCAUGUGUCCGAGAUUCGUAAGCCAGUGUUGAUGCUUAUAUCGCGACAUAAUUCAAGACGGUUUUUGAAUGAAGAUGAAAUGGUGGAGAUGAUGGAGGGAUUAGGCUUUCAAGUCACGAAGGCGGAACCCGAGAGAGUGUCGAACUUGGACGAGUUCGCCGAGGUGGUGAACUCAUGUAGUGUCAUGGUUGGAGCCCAUGGUGCCGGGCUAACAAAUGAGAUAUUCUUGCCCACUGGUGCAGUGACGGUUCAAGUGGUGCCAUUGGCACAUGAAUGGGUGUCAACCAACUACUUUGGUGAACCGGCGAAGGCGAUGGGGGUUCGGUACUUGGAGUACAAGAUUGAACCGGAGGAAAGUUCUUUGUUCGACACUUACGGAAAAGAUCAUUCUGUGAUUACUGAUCCGGAAUCUGUGAUCUCUAAGGGAUAUUAUGCAUACAGGUCUGUGUAUGUUGAUGGCCAAGAUCUAAAGAUCAAUUUAGAGAGAUUUAAGAAAACCAUUAUUGAAGCUAAGCAAAUUCUUGAAACCUCAACUCCCUUUUGAUAGAUGAAUGAAAAUUGAUCUUCUUCAAGA